CUUCAUUUGCUGGGUAGGACAGUGAGCCGUAAGAUCUCCUCAUCCUUUUAAUAAAUGACAUCCAGUCUUGCGGACUGGUCCUGGGCCUAUACAAGCAGCACCUCUGUGGACAUGUCGUGGGCAGGUUAGUAGAUUGUCGGAUGUUGCGUCCAGGCUGUGGAUGCUCGCUGGUCCAUGAUGAGACGCACUGCUGCAUGCACUGGGCGCAUUUCAUUUUGACAUCAAGUCAGUCCUGCUGAACAGGGUGUCUUUGGUGGACGCAGCCUUCCUGUCUUCUCUUGGAUUGUGGAUUAGAAGAAACCUUCAAGACGGAGGGGGUGGUGGAGCAUCGAGGAAAAAACAGGGGCAAUAUGAGAGAGCGGGACUUCAUGCCCAACAUGGAGCGGGGCAAACCUGCUACUUAUACAGGGGACAAAAAAGCUAAGAUGGCUGCGAAGACUAACAAGAAGUGGGUGAGACUAGCCACUGUCUUUGCUUAUGUAUUGUCCGUGUCCUUAGCGGCCAUUAUCCUGGCAAUUUACUACAGCCUCAUCUGGAAGCCCACCAGCGCAUCCUCUGCAUCGGCUAGCAAGCCGGGGACGCCGGAGGGGGUCACGGCUCCCCCGUUGAACAUAACCGCUAACGUGUCGUCCAGUAACAAUGUGACCGAAUGGAACUCCACGCAGCUGUCCGUCAACCACACCGUGUGGCAGAGCUCGACCCCGCACAGCCGGGCUUUCCAGUGGGAUCACACCGAGGAGAGCGACGCUGUCACGGAUGGACUUUACGCAUCGCCCCGAGGAGCCACGCAGAGAUCGCGUACUGUGGAAAGAGAGACGCGAGGGGAGCACCACACGGAGGAAGAAGACGAGCAGGCUCAGCAGCAGGAAGCGUCCAGGCCAGGAGAAGGACAGGAACGUGAUCCAGUGGAUUCUGAUGCGCCCACUGUGCCACCGAGACCCACCGGGACGAGAGCUGCUUGACCGGCCUCUCUAGA